GCCGCCGCAGCACCCGUUUCCUCUUUCCGGCGCUCGGGUGCGAGAGGCCGGUCGGGACUCCGAGGCAGCGGUCCGCCGUGCAACCCGUGCGCUCGCCGGAGGCCGCCGAAGACGACCGCCCCCCAGCCGGGCUGCAAGGGCGCCAUGACCAGCGCGGGGCUGAAUUCGGAGAAGGUAGCUUCUCUGAUUCAGAAACUGAAUUCCGACCCUCAGUUCGUACUUGCCCAGAAUGUCGGGACCACCCACGACCUGCUGGACGUCUGUCUGAAGAGGACCACGGUACAGGGUGCUCAGCAUGUGUUCCAGCACGCUGUGCCCAUGGAGGGCAAGCCAGUCACCAACCAGAAGAGCUCAGGGCGAUGCUGGAUCUUUUCUUGUCUGAACGUUAUGAGACUUCCAUUCAUGAAAAAAUUUAAUAUUGAAGAAUUUGAGUUUAGUCAAUCUUACAUCUUUUUUUGGGACAAGGUUGAACGUUGUUACUACUUCUUAAAUGCUUUUGUGGACACAGCCCAGAAAAAGGAGCCUGAAGAUGGUAGGCUGGUGCAGUAUUUGCUUACAAAUCCUGCAAAUGAUGGUGGACAAUGGGAUAUGCUUGUCAAUAUUGUUGAAAAAUACGGUCUUAUUCCUAAGAAGUGCUUCCCUGAAUCUCAUACAACAGAGGCAACCAGAAGGAUGAAUGAUAUUCUGAAUCACAAGAUGAGAGAAUUCUGUAUACGACUACGGAACCUUGUACACAGUGGAGCAACCAAAGCAGAAAUCUCAGUCACACAGGAUGCCAUGAUGGAGGAGGUAUUUCGAGUGGUGUGCAUCUGUUUGGGUAAUCCACCAGAGACAUUCACCUGGGAGUAUCGAGACAAAGAUAAAAAUUAUCAGAAGAUUGGCCCCAUAACACCCUUGGCAUUUUACAAGGAACAUGUCAAACCACUCUUCAAUAUGGAAGAUAAGAUUUGCUUAGUGAAUGACCCUCGGCCCCAGAACAAGUAUAACAAACUUUACACAGUGGACUACUUAAGCAAUAUGGUUGGAGGAAGGAAAACUUUAUAUAACAACCAGCCCAUUGACCUAUUGAAAAAGAUGGUUGCCGCUUCCAUCAAAGAUGGAGAGGCUGUGUGGUUUGGCUGUGAUGUUGGAAAAUACUUCAAUAACAAGCUGGGCCUCAGUGACAUGAAUAUUUAUGACUAUGAGUUAGUGUUUGGUGUCUCCAUGAAGAACAUGAAUAAAGCUGAGAGGUUGACUUUUGGUGAGUCACUUAUGACCCACGCCAUGACCUUCACUGCUGUCUCAGAGAAGGAUGAUCAGGAUGGUGUAUUCGUGAAAUGGCGAGUGGAGAAUUCAUGGGGUGAAGACAAUGGCCACAAAGGUUACCUGUGCAUGACUGACGAGUGGUUCUCGGAAUAUGUCUACGAAGUGGUGGUGGACAGGAAACAUGUCCCUGAAGAGGUGCUAGCUGUGUUAGAUCAGGAGCCCAUUGUCCUGCCAGCGUGGGACCCCAUGGGGGCUUUGGCCAAGUGACACUGCCUCCAGUUCUUGCCUCCUCCCGUGGGACCUGGAGUAGCUGCAAAGGACAGAUCCAGGAACUGAAGCCAAAGUUACACAGGUGACUGUGACUAUGACAGGACACAGUCAUAGUCUUGGAUUUCUCCUCCAGGAACCUCUCGGGGAAGCGUGCUUUAUGUUGAAACAAAAUAUUCUUAAAGAAAAUAAAAGGGAAAAAUCAGGUCACCCUAUCUAAUCUCCUCAUCUCCAACAGCUCAGGAUCUCUCAGCAUUUUAAUCAGCUGUACUUGUUUCUUAACUCUGUCUAGAGAAGGUUUGGCUCAGUGUCUGUUUCAGUGAGACAGGAGAGGAUGAGCAAUUGGGGAGUGUGGAGAGCAGACCUGUGCUUAUUCCUAGAGUAGAGUUGGGGGGAGGGUUACCUUACGAUUCGAGCUCUCGAAACUGCAUGCUGCCUGGCAGUAUCAGUGUCCUUCCUGGAUGGCAGUCACUGAAUCCAGUUCUUUCGAGGUAAUUUUAUGCACCUCUGAGAGCCCAGGAAUGGGAGAUUGAUCAAGUCCAACAUGAUUCCUUCCUGUUGUUCUGACAGCUCUACUUGAGUCAGGGUUAAGUAGAGGCUUGGAGGAAGUGGGGUGAAAGGAUAACCCAGACCUUAUCAUGAUCUGAAUUACAAUUAUUAGGAGGUGCUCUAGCCAAGUGGUUUAAUUUCUGCCUCUGGAUUUGGGAGUUGGGUGGGCAGGAAAAGGUGAUACCCAUUCUUUCUGACAACUAGAUGGUGCUGAGAAGCUUUUGAAUAAAACACUUUGUUAAAUGAGA